CAUAGCAUAGAUACAUUGAGAUUCUAUUCUCUUCACUCAAAGACUUCAGAAGAAUACUCAGUGCAGUAGGCCAAAGCUAACACAAGAAUUGAUCUGAUGUUGCUAAGUAUUUUCAGUCAACAAUCACCACUGAUGCUGCUUAACAAGACCUGCUGACUUGUGGUCUUAGGACUAUUGUGACAUCAAGCUAUACCUAAAAUCAGUCCAAUGCAACAGGAGUUUCAAGAACAGCAGCACAAAAAUGAUGUCUUAACUGAAUAGGCAAAGAAGGCAUAUAUUUUCAAGAAAGCCUCUUUAUUCUUGGAGUAGAAGUUUCCCUUAAAGAUGACAAGUGGUGCACACUCUUCGGGAUCUUUUGUAUCCUCAAAAAGAAGCUCUAAAAUAGGUGACAACUACUUGAAGGAACUAAAUGAGGACUUAAAGAUAAGGAAGCAGGAACUUACAGAAAUGCUAAAACCUCUAAAAGACAAGAACAACCUCUUAUUCCAGAAGUUAAUGUCUAAUUUGGAUGAAAAGCAAAAAAGUCUGCAGAUCAUGAGGCAGAUCAUGGCAGGGAAGGAAUGUGAUGAAUCCUCAGUCAUGGAGCUCAUUCAGGAAGCAGAGGAGAUGAAACAGAACCUGGAAAGGAAAAACAAGAUGCUUCGGAAGGAAAUGGAGAUACUAUGGAACAAGACUUUUGAGACAGAAGAACAUCAAGAUCAUCAAAAAGCACCACAGAUAAAAACCACAGCACACUUGCAGGAUGGAAAGGAAAAGAAACAGAGAAAAAUGGAAUGGGUCAAGUAUCAGGAACAAGCCAACAACCUUCAGAACAGAAAAGUGAUUGAAUUGAGAAUUGAAGCCUUGAAGAACUAUCAGAAGGCUAAUGACCUGAAAUUAUCACUGUACUUACAGCAGAAUUUUGAGCCAAAGCAAGCAUUUUUGAAUAUUCCAAUAUCCCAAGGUACUAUGGACAAAACAACUAUGGGCAAAACAACUUGUGACAGAAAUAAACCCAAUAUGAGAAUUCUGGGAUCAAAAAUCUGCACAGAACAUCAAGGAGCUAAAGAAUGUCAGUGUGAUGAUACAGGAGGGAGGCACUUUUUUCUGAGGUCACUGUCGGAUGAAACUCAGGAUUAGAAGGCUUUAACUCCAUUUGCUUUGGACAGACUAGGCACAGCCAUUUGUGUUAAUUAAAAUCUCUCAAACCUUUGCUUUAGUGCUGUUUUCUUCUCUUUCCACCACCAAUAUGGGUGGAAACUUAGGUGGCUGACCUUAAGCAU